AUGUCAGAAGAUGACCUGCUUCAAAGGAACAAAUCUCUAUCGGCUAUCGCGAGCCGGCCUGGGGUUCUGGGUGCCCUGGCGCGCUUCUGGCUCCGGUCGUAUGCCGCGGACUAUGUGAGCUUGAUCGUGCUCGUCGUGGGAUGGAUCUUGAUCCAAAUAUUCGUACGACCCUUUUACCGCAUGUUUACGUUGGAUAAUGUUUCUAUACAAUUCCCAUUUGCGGAGGUGGAGCGGGUUCCAGUUUUAUGGUCAAUUAUUUAUGCGGGAGUGAUGCCAUUGAUCAUCAUAAUCGUGUGGGCGGUGAUCAUUCGGCCAGAAACCCACUUCACGCAUGUAUCCGUGCUUGGGCUCCUCGUCACUCUUGCUCUUACUUCCUUCCUAACCGAUAUAAUAAAGAAUGCGGUGGGUAGGCCACGUCCCGAUUUGCUCUCGCGCUGCAGCCCGGAAAAAGGCACGCCGGCACAUAAGAUGGUUACCAUUGAAGUGUGCGGAGCGCCGGAGUCCCAUCGACUGCAUGAGGGAUGGAGAAGUUUCCCGAGCGGACAUAGCAGUUUUGCUUUUGCGGGGUUAGGAUAUCUUGCCAUAUUUUUUGCAGGACAAUUACAUGUAUUCCAACCUCGAACAGGCUUAGCUCGCUUCCUAUUCUCCCUUUCCCCUUUAUUAGGGGCUCUGUUGAUCGCCAUGUCUCGAUUAGCAGACUAUCGACAUGAUGUGUAUGACGUGGCGGUUGGCUCAUUACUAGGAAUAUCAGUUGCAUACUUCACCUACCGACGCUAUUAUCCGCCUUUGCAGUCAGUACACUGUGAUACUCCAUACAGUAGGUCGGAAAUACCACCAGAAGGCUUUCAUAGGGUUGCGCGAGAUGAGGAAGAGCGUUUGUUCAGCGGUAGAGUUGCUCGAGGGCCAAACGGGGAGUACGGUGAUGAUGGGUAUCAGAUGCGAGGAAUGGAAACAGGGCGAGCUUAA